AUGACAAAAACAUACCUCUUCUGGGUUUCUCUUGCUCAGACGGUUGGAAAGUUUGCGUUCGCUACAACAACAUUUUCUGGAUUAAUUCUAAUAUAUUUCAACUUCUUCGAAGUAAAGAAAAUAUUUGGAACUUAUAAAUACUUAAUGGUUAUAUUCACUAGUAUGGGCAUAGGACUGGCAACAUUAGAAGUGGUUUUUCAUCCGUGGUAUAUUGGAGCUUAUUACUUAUUGGAACCAGACAAUGUCACUAAAGAAUACUUCAAAGAAGAAUUGCUUCAGCGAUAUAGUGUCGUCAUUAAUGAUCUACCUUUUCGAGCAUUUAUGGCCUAUGAUCCUGUUGAUCGUUCCAUCCGAUGGGUCAACUGGUUGUUUGCAUUUAUUGUGACAGGUAUAAUGGCAUUUCAGUAUGGUAUUAUGAUUUAUUGUGGAUGGGCAAUGUACUCUGGAAUGGAAGAGAAGAUGCGAAACUUUUCUUCUGCUUUGAAACAUCACCACAAUCAGUUAUUCAAAACUUUGGUGUUCCAAAUCUCUACUCCAACCAUUUUCUUGUUCUCCCCUCUAGUUCUUGUUAUCUAUCUGCCAUUUUUUGAUAUCGAACUAAGUUUCCCUGCUGGAGCGACUGUAUGUGCCUUCAACUUUUAUCCAGCUGUAGAUGUUGUCAUCGUGCUGUAUGUUGUUACAGAAUACAGAGUGGCUGCGAAAAAGUACUUGAAUAUAAUCCGUAACCAAUUCAAAAGUUCUUCGUCGAAGUAUGCAGAAAAUAAUCAACAGACGCAGCAAACUUAUCAGUUAUCGACGUUACCUGCAUGA